UGGACUUUUGGCUGCACUGUAAGGGUUAGUUCAAGCGGAGGGUGACCGCCAAGCGCUCCCACCCGUCGCCUUCUUCCGGACUGCGCGUUUGGAUGGUCACCUCAUCUCGGGAAGAUUCGACAGCAACAUGUGCUCCCAGGGAUUUGCAGUUCUUCGUUUUCUGCUGCUGCUGAUGUGUCUUCCCGGAAGAACGCACGCGGAGUCUAAUCUACAGAACGUCCUCAGAGUCUUAGAUCUACCGUUCGAUCAAGAUGAAGAGGCGCACCUACAGAAAAACCACGUCGGUAUCCUGGUCUCUGCGAUUCUUCUGGCCGUCAAUUGCCCGGAGAGGACGGGUACGUCUCUAGAAGUCUGUGACAAGUGCCUUCCACCGGACGUCGCGCUAUCCGUGCUGGAGGAUGACGGGAAGCCGUUCCUGACCGAGGACGACUUCCAGCGUCUCUCCGCUCUUCUGCUGUAUUACAUUUUAAACCUUCGAGAUCUGUGCCGCUCAUCUCCUUCGAUCGCCCGUAGCUACGAGUUUUACCUGCGAUCUCUCACCGAUCUCCAUGCGGCGGAGGAAAGCGGCGUCCUCUCGUCGAGUGAACUGGAGAGAAUUCUUCAGAUCAUCAACCAGAACAACAACCUCUCCAGACAAGAAAGUUCGACUAUGUCCAACCUGCAGUGUAUUGACGCCACGCGUCUCCUCGAAGACGUGAAAGAAGGCGCCACGAUGGCAUCCGCAGCCAACAUGUCUGCCUCCAUCAUCAGUCAUCUCCUGCAGGGUCCCUGUUUCGCUCAGAGGAACCUCCCGCCGCCGGCUUUUUUUACCAAUUACAUCUUUCACUCCCUCAAUCGCACCAGUGAACUCCAAGUUUUAGAUCUGGAGGCACUCCUUCGCCAGCUCGGCGUCGGUGGAGAAGGAAUAAAGCCACACGCUCACGGCAGAAAGAGGCGAAGCUCACAGAGCGAAUCGGGGCAUUCGCCGGAGAGUUGCAACCACAAAGCCGGAAAAUGGGCGCAGGUCUGUUUUUCAGCCAAUCAGCUGGUGUAUAUUUUUGCUCUGAAUCCACAACUGCCCAUUUCGAAGGAACACUUUGGACAAAUGUGCCCAGCCAUCAUCCAGCAGUUGCUUGGCAAUGCGUGCGAUUCGGCAGAGCGCAACGCAAGAGGAUCUCCCACCGAUUUUGAGAAGUAUGGCUACAGCACGGCGGCGGUGCUGCUCAUCACGCUGGGAUCCAUGUUAGGCAUCUGCCUGAUCUUCUUCAACUCCUGCCAGGAGACCUACACGCUCAUCUUGCAGCUUUUUGUGGGCCUGGCCGUGGGGACCCUCUCAGGCGAUGCCCUCCUUCAUCUCAUCCCGCAGAUCCUCGGCCUCCACGGACACGAUGAAGAACAGCUCACGGAGCAGACGGACUACCUGUGGAAGAUUGUCGGCGUGGUGGCCGGCAUCUACGGCUUCUUCCUCAUGGAGAGGAUCUUCUCCUUCCUGGUUCCUCCAAACGGACAUAGCCACUCUCGGGGUAACUGCGAGGGUCCGUCCCACAGGGGCAAGUCCAUCUCUACCAUCCAGCUGCAGGGACCAGUGGAGGAAGACGCAGAGACAUCUCCAGAGCAGAGGCCUUUGGAAAAAAGCCGUGGCGUUCCCCUGCUGGCCGUGAUGGUCAUCGUCGGCGACAGUCUCCACAACUUUGCUGACGGCCUGGUGGUGGGCGCCGCCUUCUCAUCGUCGCCCGAGACUGGCAUGGCGACUACAGUUGCCAUCUUGUGCCACGAGAUCCCCCACGAGAUGGGAGAUUUUGCGGUGCUCUUGAGCUCCGGACUCCCCGUGAAGACAGCUGUGGUCAUGAAUUUUGUCAGCGCACUGACGGCCUUCGCGGGCCUCUACAUUGGACUCUUUGUCUCGGCUCAGGCGCAGGUGCAGCAGUGGAUCUUUGCAGUGACCGCAGGGAUUUUCCUCUACUUGUCACUAGUGCAGAUGCUUCCCGAGAUGAGUCGCUUGCGGAGCGGACGACCGUUAACCGCCUUCCUUCUGCAGAAUAUUGGCCUCGUGUCUGGUUGGGCCUGUCUCCUGGUGCUUGCACUCUUUGAACAUGAUCUCAAAUUCUAGCAUUAUCAUAAUCACGACAAAUAAAUGUGGAUUUUUUUAUGGAGGCGUCUCCUCUGCUUACCGCCACGCACAUGAACUUGGUGAGUAGUACAUGUUUGCAGGUGAAAGGAACAUGUGGGAGGAGUCAGCCACUUCUUGCCUGGUUAUGACAAACUGAUGAUAUUUGAAAUAUUCCUCUACAUCUGUGUGAUUUCUUGUCUUGGAAAAGCCACAUGUAUUCAUUGGGAUAAAGCACAAGAGGUCCACCACCAGAUGGCGUUCCAGUGACACUGCAAGAUGGUCCUCAUAAAAAAAUGUUUGGUUUUUUUUCCUAAAUACUUUGGCCAUUUCGAUAUAGCCUUACCUUAAGUACUGUAAAAUAGGUUACUGGGUUGAUGCAAUUGUAUCAUUAAUAUAAUGUUUUCAUAAAACUGUAUAAUGUAAGAGUAUCUGCUAAUACGUCACGGGAUAUAUUUCCUAGAAAUAAAAUUUGUUUCAUUCGUUUUAUAAACGUAAGAUGUGGUUUCAGUUCGAUUUUUAAAGCAUUUUCGUUUUAUUUCGUCCAAGAUUUUGUUGUUAUUUUGUUAGUUUUUGUGAACUACAAUAAUGUUGAUUUGUGCUGGUAACGCAACGUUUUGCCGGUUUGCCAAUUGUUAAUAGUUCCCACGGCAUCCAUUAGUACUGUUUUCCGGGUUUGGUCACGUGACGUUCGAAAGCUUAGCCCCUGGGCACUAUGACGUCUGUUAGUUGAUUGCAGGUGCUAGUAUGGGAUAAAAUUAAUGCCCGUGAAAUGGAUAAAAAGGGUGAAUUUUCCUACUUCAUUAAUAUUGCACAAGCUUAAUAUUAACUCAAAGAUUGUGUUUAGACUAGUGGGGAGCACAUAGGACAAAUUGCAAAGAUCUUUUUUUUGGUUUCCUUGACUUCCGCACUUCACAUUUUGAUAUAAAUAAAAGUUCCACGCAUUGACUUAAUUUUCAGUUCAUUCUGCUGGAUUUGUUGUCAUGAGGAGGCGGUUGGAAGGACGGAGCAGCGAGUGUGGGCACUGGGCAGGAAAAAAAAGAUGUGAUGCCGCAGGCUGUAAAACAUUCGCCACCAAUGUAUCAUCACCGGUGUUUCUUCUUGAAGCCCCUCCUGCUUCUCCCAACGUGUCGAUCCGGCAGAGGAACACCGCCCCCCCCCCCAAGAAGGGAUGUAUGUGAUUUUAGUGAUUUUCGUCGUCGUUACAUCUAAAAAAAGCAAGACUAGCACAUAAUGGAGGUGGACUCGCUGCAGCAGCCGGUGUUUCAAAGUCUCAGCAAAGGUGCCUGCAGGAAAGGUCGCUUUAAAGGUUCGGACGGGAGCACGUCCUCGGAUACCACCACCGCCAGCUUUGUGCGUCAGGGUUCGGCCGAUUCCUACACCAGCCGUCCAUCAGACUCGGAUGUGUCUCUGGAGGAGGACAAGGAGGCAGUGCGUCGAGAGGCAGAGAGACAAGCUCAGGCACAACUUGACAAGGCCAAG